AGCAUGGACUUUACAAACGAACAACAAUAUCCUGUAAAUGUUAAAAUAUCGUCAGGAAUUUAAAGUCCAUUAGCUGUUUUUUUUUUUUUUUUUAGACCUUAGCUCGUGGGAAUUGGUAGCCUUGUUUGCUAGUUUUUAAAAACCUUCAGAAACAUAUUUACAGCCGAGUGACAAAAAUGCAGAAUAUGGAUGACUUGGACAAAGAGCUGGAGGUGCACAGGGACGUGGACGAGGACAGUGACUCCUCAGACAACAGCUCUAAAAAAGGACAAAAAGCGAAGCUUCCUUUGGUUAAACAUCUAGUCGCGCAAUGAAACUGGCUUUCUGCAGUCGUGCAGAAAGUGUUUGGAGCAAAUCAGAGAAGCCAUGCUGCAUCACAGAUGGGAGGAGGCAGCGGAGUUCAUGGCGUGCUACUGUCAAGUCCUUGAGCAUAAAAAGAACAGCACAGCACAGAGAGAGCUUGUUUGGAGGAUGAGCACUGAGAUCCUUCACCACCAUCCCAACUCAACAGGGGUCGACUACAACAGCGUCUAUGAACGAAUGAAGCACUCGGGUGUUAAACUUUACCUGAUGAUUUGCCUGGAGCAUUCCUUCCACCUGAUGCUCCACGGUCAGAUUGAAGAAGCGAAGCAACAGCUGUCUGUCGCAGAAAGCUGGCGUUACGGGAAGGUGUCCAACGCUCAGCUUCAGAGGACCAAAUUGAUCCAGGCCUACAGGAGCUUGUUGGAUUAUAUCAUGUGGUGGGAGAAAAUGUCUAACCUUUCCAAAACCGACUGUUUCGACCCAGACUACCAGGGCAUCCACACUUACUUCCGACAAGCUUCUGUGAAUCUUCAGGACAUUUUGAAAAACCCAGGAGUCUGGGAUCCUUUCAUUUUGAGCUACAUUGAGAUGUUAGAGUUUUAUGGGGAUCACGAAGAGGCUCUUAAAGUCCUGAAUAACUACGCAUUCGACAACAGUUUUCCACCCAAUCCCAACGCACACGUGUACAUAUACCAGUAUUUAAAGAGGCACGAUGCUCCAGAGAAGAAGCUGAUGAAAGUCUUAAAGAACAUCCAGGUUUUAGUUCCAAGCCAUGAGUUGAUGUUGGAGUACAGCUCCCUCCUGCUUCAGUCAGAGAAAACAAGCGACACUCAGAAAGCUUUAAAAGUCCUCCUUGAGAUGCUUGACUUCGGCUGCUGGAGGAGCARCCUGGACGUGUGGAAGUGUUUACAGGCCGUAAUUCAUGACCUGCAAUUACAGGACGACUGGGAGAGCGUUGUCUGGGGACUCAUGGAGGCGAGACGAGAAUUUUGGCCCGCGAUGCAUUUCACCAGCUUCCACGCCGCGACAGACUCCGAGGAGAACCCUGAACUUUUGAACGUAAAGGCAUCGCUCACAAAAAUCCUUUGCCCAGAUCAAACUCUGAGGUACACCGCAGAGCAGUCAGUGGAUGGAGAACAGAGUCAGAGACAUUAAACUGUUUUGUCUGUGAGUAAAAACAAUUUCAGUCUGUGUCUGAGGUUGUUUAAUAAAAUAUUCUGCACUGUAAAAACUGUUAUUUUUGAGGAACAGUGCCUUGAGGUGUUGUUAGCAUUUUGCCACCAGGUGGCGCUCUUGUUCUGUAGUUCUGAGGAGCAGCAGAGACGUAGUGGAAAUCUGUCAGGAUUUUUUCUUUCUUUCUGUUUUAAUAAGAGCUGAAUGUUACAUGUUUGUUGGUUUGAGGCGUUUUAUCGUCAGUAAAUUUUAUUUACGUCUCAAACUGAAUAUUUUUGUUUUGAAUUUACAUGAAGUAAAAAGAAAACGAAGCAGCACCUUGUUCAUUUUAUUCAGACUCAGUUUCAGUCUUCUGUUCAGACGGGUGAUAAGAGUCAGUUAUUUAUAAGACUCUGUCAACGCAGCUGCAGCAAGGAGGCUCGUCAUUUUUUAUGUCUUUUUAUUUAUUCUCUGGAAGAAGAGUUAUGUUUGUGGACACUUCUAACAUCUCGACCCCGGCCUUCAAACUCGGGGCUCGUUUGCACGCAGCCGUCAAAUAAAGCCUCGCRUCCAGUGUUGCGCCUGUUUUAACAGGAGGAAGGGUCGGCGAUGGUUGAGUUUCGGCUCUCCGCAGCGUUUGCUUUGCAGCGGCUCAGUCAGCCAUGCUGGAUGUGUUGCUUUGCAGUCGUUACGUAAACCAAAGCCCGAAGCGUUCGCCCGACAACAGAAGCAGCUGGAGAAGACAUCUGGGAAAACACAACACAUGUCCUGUCUUUGAAAAUUCAGAACUCUGGGAGCAACGAGGAGGAUGGAGUCAGGAGCUGUUUUGUUGGUCCUGCUUAGGUUUUUUUUGUUUUUUUUUUAUCAGGGCACUUCUGAGUUCAGUUAAUCCUCUACAAAGAUGUUCCCAGUCGAGUCAGGCUGCUGUUGAGUUGCUCGUUUGAAGGGUUUUCUAUUUAUUUUUUUCUCAAAACUUGAACCGUUGAAGACACUCAGUCACAGUUUUAUUCCUGGGAGACAUUUUGAAACGACUCGAUUGUUAUUUAUUAAUUAAACUUUAAGAAAAGGA